AUGAAAAACAAACAGGAAGACAUUAUGUGCGACGUGUGCUCGGACAGUACCACGGCAACACUACGUUGUCUGGACUGUCUGCAAAAUAUGUGUGCUGGGUGCGCAACACACCAUAAGAAAUUUGCAGUGUCCAAGCUUCACAAGACUGUUUUACUUCCCGAAUAUAUGAACAUGCCUCAACAAGAAUUUUUCCAAAAGACAAAUUUAUGUAACACUCAUGAUAACUUGAAGUUGGACCUUUUUUGCAGUGCAUGUUCAGUCGCUGUAUGUUCAUCGUGCAUUCAUAUCUCCCAUAGAGAUCAUGAGAUACUAGACCUCAAAAAUGUCUACCAAGCAAAGAAAGAUCAAAUUAGAGCAGUCCUAUGCGAUUUAGAAACGUCAAAAGACACAUCAGAAGGUUACAAAUGCAAGCUUGUUGAACAGAAUGAAGCACUAAGUGUUAUGGAAAAACGAUGUUUGCAAGAUAUUGAUGACUCAUAUGAAAAAUGCAUCACAAUGCUGUCUGAGAAAAGACAACGAUUAAAAAAACAAGUCAUUUCUAACGUGGCCAAACAACAGGCUGACAGAAAUGAGAAAUUGGAGACACUAACGCUGUCAAAUGACAGUAAAGGUCAACAUUCUCUUUACUGUCAACAGGCGAUGUCGUACGCAAGACCUGUUCAGUUUAUAGAAAUGUCUGGGGAUCUGGAAAAGGAAACCAGAAGGCUGCUAGAAAUACCUCAGCUGUUGGAUAUGAAGAUGGAGGAGGUGGACGUAGAUCUGGAUACCUUCGAUAAGGUUUGUAAAAUCGUGCAGAAACCUGCAAUGGUGGUAGAUAUAUCUCAGAUAAAACCAUGCAUUGAGGUGAUGGAUGCCAAGAAAGGUCACAAAUCCCGUGUGGUACAAGUUACACUGCUACCAAAGGAACCAAAAGCCGACGAUAAGACAGAGAUGUUAAAAGCAAUGAUUGAACCAGCCACUGAAAUGAAGGAUGAGGAGAAACCGAAGACAGAAGUGAUUUCGUUUGGUGUGGGGAGCGUUACGUACAGACCAACGUGUACUGGACCUCACAGGUGUUUCAUCAGUCUCAGUGGACAUCAGUUGACUAAUGAUGGAAUUGUAUUUCACAGCACAGACAAGGUUGUCAGUGUCCUAUACUUUGGUACUAGCGUGACUGUGUUCACGUCACAACAUGUCCUGUACUUUGGUACUAACUUCUCUGUGUACACGUCCUAA